GCAAGUCAUCAAAUUGGGAAGAUGAUGGCUGGGGAGCCUGGGAUGAAGCGGAAACACAAGAACCAAUGUGAUUGGGGGCAAGGACAUCAUUGCCAGAACUUGCAAAGGGUGAAAGCUGAUGUCAUUGCUUGUCUUGUCACCUGAACAAGAUCUGAAUUCUGUACCAAAGAAAUAACAAGGCAAACUAACAGUUCCGCAGCUAUCUGUAGGCCGAGUGAAUGAUACCAUGGUCCAAACCAGCCACUUCUGUUCAAGUCUGGAUGAAAACUAAGGAGUAAAAUAACUGAAAAUAGGGAGAAGAAGAGUCCACUUGCAAGACACAGACGAGUUAUUGGCUUCAGGACUGUGUAUUAUCGUUGUCACCCACAAAUGAUCUGAUGGUAAUAGCUCGUGAGCAGAAAGCUGUUUUUUUAGUGCCGAAAUGGAAAUACAGUGACAAGGGAAAGGAGGAAAUGCAAUAUGCUGUUGGCUGGAGUGGCUCUCUGAAUGUUGAAGAAGGAGAAUGUGUAAGUAGUGCCUUGUGCAUUCCAUUGGCAAGUCAAAAGAGGAGCUCCACGGGCCGUCCUGAUUGGACUUGCAUUGUGGUAGGCUUCACUUCUGGCUACGUUCGUUUCUACACUGAGAAUGGAGUGUUACUUCUUGCACAGCUUUUAAAUGAAGAUCCUGUCCUGCAGCUUAAGUGCAGAACGUAUGAAAUUCCCAGGCAUCCUGGAGUCACAGAACAGAACGAAGAACUGAGUAUCCUGUAUCCAGCUGCAAUUGUAACUAUUGAUGGUUUCAGCCUCUUCCAGUCCCUUCGUGCUUGUCGUAAUCAGGUGGCAAGAGCGGCAGCAUCAGGCAAUGAGAACGUUCAGCCCCCACCAUUAGCUUAUAAGAAGUGGGGCUUGCAGGAUGUGGAUGCUAUUAUUGACCAUGCAAGUGUUGGUAUCAUGACUUUGUCUCCCUUUGAUCAAAUGAAGACUGCAUCCAAUAUAGGUGGAUAUAAUGCAGCUAUAAAGAAUAGUCCACCAGCUAUGUCUCAGUACAUCACUGUUGGGUCCAAUCCUUUCACUGGUUUCUUUUUUGCCUUGGAGGGUAGCACACAGCCACUAUUAUCUCAUGUUGCACUAGCAGUUGCUAGUAAACUGACUUCAGCACUAUUCAGUGCUGCCAGUGGCUGGCUUGGUUGGAAGAGCAAGCAUGAAGAAGAACCUGUGCAAAAACAGAAACCCAAAGUUGAACCUGCUACCCCAUUAGCAGUGAGGUUUGGACUUCCAGAUUCCCGACGCCACGGUGAAAGCAUAUGUCUUUCUCCAUGUAACACAUUGGCCGCAGUAACGGAUGACUUUGGAAGAGUUAUUUUACUGGAUGUUACAAGAGGACUUGCAGUUCGUAUGUGGAAAGGCUACCGUGAUGCACAGAUUGGCUGGAUACAGACAGUAGAGGACCUUCAUGAACGAGAGACUGAAAAGUUGGAUUUUUCUCCCUUUGGGAAUGCUCAAGGUCCAAGUAGAGUGGCACAGUUUCUUGUAAUCUAUGCUCCAAGGAGAGGUAUCCUGGAAGUGUGGAGUACUCAGCAAGGACCCCGAGUUGGUGCCUUUAAUGUUGGGAAACAUUGUCGGUUGCUGUACCCUGGGUAUAAAAUAAUGGGUUUAAACAAUGUGACCAGUCAGGGUUGGCAGCCUCAGACUUACCAGAUCUGUCUUGUCGACCCAGUAUCUGGAAGUAUGAAAACUAUUCAUGUACCUUUCCAUUUAGCACUCAGUGAUAAAAAGAGUGAGCGAGCAAAGGAUAUGCAUCUAGUGAAGAAAAUAAGCGCUUUACUCAAAGCUAAAACCACAAAUCUGGAGUUGAUUGAAGCUGAAGCAAAGGAAUUAAUUCUUGAUAUCAAAUACCCAGCUACAAAAAAACAGGCUUUAGAAAAAAUACUGGCAAGUGAACGUGUGCCAUUCUCAUCUCUCACAAACAUUACCCAGACAUUGAUGGACACCUUAAAAAAUCAAGAACUUGAGUCUGUGGAUGAAGGCUUGCUGCAGUUUUGCUCAAACAAGUUAAAACUCCUUCAUCUUUAUGAGUCGGUCAGCAAACUGAAUUCUCUGAGUCUGCAGUCAGAGACUCCGAUUUCUGAUAACGACUUGGCUAAAUUACUCAGGCUAGAUGAAAAAGAGUUUGUUAGGUUCCAGACAUUAUUGGAAAACUACAAACAAGAGAACACCCAACCAACUGUUCGAUUUGCUGAGGAUAAAGAUAGCGUGUUGUCUGUAAAAAUGUUCUUGGAGUAUUUAGAAUAUGAAAAGGACAUGAUUAACGUGAAGAAGCUGGAUGAAGGAGAGUAUGUGGCUUUAGGUAGCUUGUUUUUCUGGAAAUGUUUGCAUGGAGAGAGUUCUACAAAGGAAAUGUGCCAUACACUGGAAUCAGCAGGAUUUAGUCCUCAGGUUUUGCUGUCUCUGCUACUCACUUUGUGGCUUUCCAAGGAAAAGGAUAUUCUAGAUCAACCGCAGUCUGUCUGGUGCCUUCACACUAUGUUGUCCCUUUUGAGCAAAAUGAAAGUUGCUAUAGAUGAGUCAUGGGAUUCUCAGUCAAUUUCCCCCUGGUGGCAGCAAAUGCGCACAGCUUGUAUUCAGUCUGAAAAUAAUGGAGCUGCCUUAUUAUCUGCACACGUUGGGCAUGCUGUAACUGCACAGAUAACUGACAGUGUGGCAGAGAAAAAAUUUUCCCAAACAAUUGUAGGCACUGACACAGACUCUUGGGAAGCACUUUCUCUUGAUACAGAAUAUUGGAAACUUCUUCUGAAGCAAUUAGAAGAUUGUCUGAUACUUCAGAUGCUAUUGAACAGUAAAGUGAGCAAGAGGACAACCAAAGUUUCCUCUCUACAGACUGAGCCACUCUGUAGACUCUCUGUAAAGAAGCUGCUUGAAGGCGGGAAAGGAGGUAUUGCUGACACUGUAGCAAAAUGGGUCUUUAAACAAGACCUCAGUUUCAACGUACUGGAGCUAGCCCGGAAAAAAGACAAAGAAAGUUCAGAAGAACCUGUAGAAAAUGACAGUACUGUUUCACUGGGGGAGUCAGAAGCAGAGACGGGCUUGGAAACUAUCCUCAAGUUGUUGCAAUUGGCCUAUCAGCAGUUUCCUUGUAGCCUUGAAUCAGAUGUGUUAUAUGCACACUGUUGUUGGGAGUAUAUAGUUCAAUGGAAUAAAGACCCAGAGGAAGCACGUUUUCUCAUUAGGUCUAUAGAUCACCUCAGCUGUAUUGUUAAUUCUCAUGUGCAGCAUGGUAUUGCCCUAAUGAUGUGGAAUACGUUCAUGGUCAAAAGGCUUUCUGCUGCUACAUACCUAAUGGACAAGGUUGGAAAAGCUCCAAAGGACAGAUUAUGCAGAAGGGAUGUAGGUAUGGGUGACACUGCAAUGACAUCUUUUCUGGGUUCUUGUUCAGAUCUUCUUCAAAUCUUAAUGGAGGCUGAUAUUAGAAGCGAUGAAAUGCAUGCUCCGAUACUGGAUACAGAAGAUGCCUGGGUGUCUGUAGAAGGACCUGUUUCAAUAAUAGAGCUAGCUCUUGAGCAGAAACGCAUCCACUACCCACUUGUCGAACAUCAUUCCAUAUUGUGUACCAUCUUGUAUGGAAUCAUGAGAUUUUCUCUGAAGAGCAUGAAGCCCCUCUCCCUCUUUGACAGUAAGGGCAAAAAUGCAUUUUUCAAGGAUCUUUCUUCAAUUCAGUUGCUGCCCAGUGGAGAUAUGGAUCCAAAUAUUUUAUCCAUACGACAACAACUCUUAAGGAAAAUUGUGACUGCAGCGGUACAUUGUUCAUCACAAAAGGCCAAAGGAAUCUCAGAAGAGAUGUCACUUUCUGCUGAAAGAGAGAAGGACUGGCCAGUUUUGGCUGUGGGGUUGGCUCAACCUCUUCAGGUCAAUGAAGAUGUAAUUAGACGGCAUUAUGUGUAUGAAUUGUAUAAUUAUGGAAUGGAUCAUCUUGGAGAAGAGGCCACUCUUCAAGUGCAUGACAAAGAAGUGCUUGCAUCACAACUACUUGUGCUGACAGGUCAGAGACUGGCCUAUGCUCUGCUACACACUCAGACGAAAGAAGGAAUGGAGCUGUUGGCCAGACUUCCUCCAACACUCUGUACUUGGCUUAAAGCUAUGGACCCCCAGGACCUUCAAAAUGUAGAAGUACCAAUUGCAACAACAGCUAAACUGGUAGAUAAAGUGAUAGAGAACUUGCCAGAAAACCAUGGGCAAUACAGUCUGGCCUUGAAUCUGAUAGAGGCAGUGGAAGCAAUCUCUUCAUCAUGAUCUUCACUACUUUUAGAAAGGAUGUAUUGUAGGA